AUGGCUGCUGUUGAACCCAUUGAUAUUACCCUGAAAAAGGAUGGUGGUGUUCUGAAAACAAUCAAGAAAGAAGGAACCGGAACAGCGAAGCCAACUCCUGGAACUAACGUUAAGGUGCAUUAUGUGGGAACGCUGGAGAGUGGUGAAAAAUUCGACUCGAGUCGUGACAGAGGCAGCGAAUUCGAAUUUUUGUUGGGUCGCGAGCAGGUCAUUAAAGGCUGGGAUAUCGGCGUGGCUACAAUGAAGAAAGGAGAAAUAGCGGACUUCAGGAUUCGGUCCGACUAUGGAUAUGGGGAAAGUGGAAGUAUGCCGAAAAUCCCGCCAAACGCUACCUUGAAUUUUGAGGUGGAACUCGUUGAUUGGCAAGCCGAAGACAUUUCGCCAAAUCGUGAUGGAACAAUCACCCGUUCAGUUAUUGUCGAAGGAGAAAAAUUGGCAAAUCCGAAUGAAACAAGUCCUGUCGAAGUUCAUGCGGUUGGCUCAUAUGAAGGGCGAGUAUUCUACGACAAAGAGGUCACAUUUAUUUUGGGAGAAGGUUCAGAGGUGGGACUUCCUGAAGGUGUUGAUCGAGCAUUGCGCCGUUUUUGCCGGGGAGAGAAAUCUACAAUUCGUUUAAGCGGAACCAGAUUCACAUACGGGCCGAAUCCUCCUCCAGAAUACAAUUUACCUCCAAAUGCAACUAUUGAAUUCACUAUUUUCCUGAAAAGUUACGAGAAGGUGCCUGCCCUUUGGGAAAUGUCAGCGGAAAAGAAAAUCGAAGAGGCUACUCUAGCGAAGGAACGUGGUACAGCUUUCUUGAAGCAAAACAAGCUCAAAUUGGCUUAUAAUAAGUACAAGCGAAUCGAAGAUAUUUUGGAAUUUGAGAAGAGCAUGGAUCCUGAUCAAAAGAAGAGUCGCGACGAUCUGAUGCUUGCCGCAUACUUGAAUCUUGCACUGACAGCAUCAAAAAUGGGUGAAAAUUUGGACUGCAUCAAAUAUUGUGAUAAAGCCCUUGAGCUCUCACCCAUCAACGUGAAAGCCCUUUAUCGUAAAGCUGGAGCGCGAGCGGCUCUCUCAGACUUCGACGAGGCAAAACAGAUAUAUGAGAAAAUAUUGGAAGUUGAUCCCGAAAACAAAGCAGCAGCUCAGCAGAUCCUCGUCGUUCGUCAAAUGAUGAAGGAACAGCUAGAGCGUGACAAGAAGCGAUACAAAAACCUUUUCUCGAAAAUUUCUGAUGAUUCGAAGGCCGAGAAGCAAAGCCCGUUUGAAGAAAAGAAGGCGGAAACGGCAACUGUUGAUUCGUGA